AUGCUACCGUGGCACAGUAAGCAGCCAAACCACAUUUCGCAAGACAUCACAUUGAUAGCACACAGGGAACUCUUUGGCGUGACCCUUCUACAGUAUCGCGCAGAUCGUGCCGCUCGAGCUCCGCCGCCGCCCCCACCGCCCCCACCAGUCGUCCGCGAGCAAUGUAACGCUUCAGUCGAUGAGUUGGUUCGGGCGCCCUGCGGUCACCACUACUGCGCGGAAGACGUGCAGCAGGUGUUCAGCCUUGCGCUCCAGAAUGAAGCAUUCUACCCUCCCCGUUGCUGUCGCCAACCUCUGGACUUCGAAGCCACGCGAGCAUUGCUCGGCCAAGAUUUGGCAGCCCGGUUCGAGGGAAAGCGCGAGGAGCUGGACGACAAGGCUAGACUAUACUGCCAUGAUGGGUCUUGCUCAGCAUACAUACCAGCUAUCAACAGAGCCUAUACUGUUGCGCUGUGCCGUACCUGCAACGAGUUCACGUGCGUAUCUUGCAAGAAUCGCAUGCAUCCUGGUCGAGCUUGUCCACCAGAUCCAGACAAACAAGCCAUUUUGGACAUUGCAAGACAGGAAGGCUGGCAAAAGUGCAAUGGCUGCGGAAACAUGGUGGAACUACGCACUGGCUGCAACCAUAUGACGUUCGUGUGCAGCUCGCAAUUUCUAGAGACCUGA